AUGGAGUCGCCUAAGGACGCUGCGGACAACGGCAGUUCGAAGGGCAUGGGACUACCGAUAUCAGAUGAGGUGGUGUGCGUCGAGGUGUCAUCGCCCAAGGCAGAGAGAGCAGCUGCGACUGGCAGCGCACCAGAUGAUAAAGACACGUGGUGGUCUAUAGGUAGCGAAGCGCAUGUUAGAAAUCAGUGCCGACCAUGCGCAUUCUUUCAUCGUCCAGAGGGAUGCUCGAGUGGUCGGAAUUGUGAAUAUUUAUGACCACUUGCAUAGUAUGUAAAUGUAAAAAUCUACACGCCUACGUGAUCGUCCCUAGAUCGGGACAGUUUUCAACGUGGAGACUUAGAAUUUGAACGCACAGAAAGAGAAACAAUAAACACAACAUGAAUGAAUAUUGCGGGAUACGGAUAGUUCGUUAUAAUUGGUUAGAAGGAUAUGGUCCUCGUUCUUGUUCACGUCGGAGUGUCGCGUUCACCUCCAGCUUUCAUUUCUUUGUCACCUGUGUGCCGAAGGACAAGGGAGGAUACGGAAGAAAAGGAAAGCUCGGGAACUCCGAACCCAGAUCCGGCGUGAGGCUCGUGCCAAAUCUCGCGCAACCGAGCAUCAGCGCCGACAGCUACAUGCAGAAAACACACUGGGGGAGGAAAGUUCUUCAAUUACGGCUCCCUGUCGUCCGCUUGAAAAAUUUGUAGUUUGAACGUCUACUUUCUCUUUCUGUCCUCGGUUGUGGUAUAGUAGAGGACUGUUUUACUACGUCCUGACGUCGAUAAUAAUGAUGAGGAAGCAACGACCUAGGUGAAAGAAUAGUGCGCAUCAAUAGGAAUGCAAAUGUAACGUAGGGGCACGAAGUAGAUUUUCUCGCAACGUUUAUUUUUCUAUCUUUCCCAAACCCAAUCUCAACGAUGGCAACGUGCAUUAUGUAUGUAAGUAGGAGGCCAUCAUCAAGAGGGGAAUCGGCAAGAGUACAACAAUUGUCAUGUACAAGGUAGGAGUAACAACACAGAAGAAGUAUCACGCGCGUGACGAGAACCUUUUUUUCUUCACCAGAGAUCCUUCUAAUCCGAGCAGUGGAGGGUCUUUCUCGUCGUGUCCGGCAGUCCCCGACGGUGCGCAGGGCUCGUUGUCAUUCGCUUCGAUGACGCCAACAGAUGAGGAAGGGCUGACGAGAAAUAGACGGAGUGGUGGCUGUACCCAUGGCAGCAUCACAGGCGACGAUGAUGGAGUGAAACUGCUCACGCGCCAGCAAAUGAGGUGUGACAACAAGCGAAAAAGGAAGAAACAAGAUCAGGCAAAGGCUGGUGUAGCUGCAGCGGAUCCGGGCCAGCCGCUGCCGAGCCCCAGCCCGAUUGGCUUGAGUUGUAAGGGUAAGCAUUGAGCUUGGGUAGGAAGAUUGGCAGUCACGGUAAACAGCUACUUGAGAAUACAAAAGAAAAAACAGUAACAAAAAAUAACAAAUUUGAUAGUAUUUGGCAUGAGUUUAUUCAUCGAUCUAGGACGAGUUUCUUAGGCUGCCUUGGAGGAAAAAAGUAAAAGAACUUUUAUUUUUUAAUAAAUUGCAAGAGUCAACUUCAACAUCUUCAUCUUCUUCUGGCAAUUUUGUUAGAGUUUCCCUUUCAUGUGGAAACUUAGCUGCAGGUCCGGUUCUUUAAAGAAGGUCAAGAUAUUAUAUAAAUAUAAUAGAUUCGACAUUGAUUUUUUUUCCUUCUCCGCUUUUCUUCCUUGCAGUUGCACUUACACGUCGACGCUCUCCAGAUCUUUUUGACAGUGCUAAUAAAGAAUUAGAUCAAAGUCAUAUUACAGAUAAAGGUCGUAGCUUUGAGUACUUGUUUCAUUUAUGUGUGUCUAUGCAUGCAGAUAUUGCAUCAGUUACUGUCGGCUUCAUGUAAAACGGGACUCAGGACAGCUUGCCGCCCAGGCAUACAUGCAUCGAAAGUCGCGACAUGGGGGCCUCGAAUGCCGACCACACUCGGGGUGAGGCUGAAGGCGAAAUGACAGUCGAACUGCACAAAAAGAAGAAGAAGAAAAAGAAGAAGAACCCUCUCGAGAAAACAGAAGUCGAGGAGCGAAACAAGUCUGGAGCAGCAGUACCAGAUAGACAUCCUACAGCUGGUUCGAAAGCGACGGAGGCACUAUAUGAAGUGACA